AUGCGGUGGUGCCUCACUCUUCUGGCAUUCUGCUUCUUGGCAGUUGUACAUGCAUUAAGUAGCUCGGGCAGUCGUCUGCUGGUUGUUUUGGAAGAUGCCACAGAAAAGGAAUUAUACUCGAAAUUAUGGGCUGACCUAGAAGCUCGAGGAUAUAACCUCAACUUCGAAUCCCCCAAGAAUGACAAGCUCAACCUGUUCGAGCUCGGAGACCGAGUCUACGACCAUAUGCUUCUCCUGCCUCCCAAGUCAAAGGGCUAUGGACCCUCCCUUACCCCCAAGAAUAUCAUUGAAUUCAUGAACAAGGACGGCAACGUCCUCCUCGCCUUGUCGGGCAAGUCCACAACCGCCAACGCUAUCAGCUCGUUGCUAUUGGAGCUCGAUCUCCAUCUCCCUGUCGAUCGUUCCUCUGUCACCGUCGAUCACUUCAACUACGAUACACUUUCUGCUUCAGAUAAGCAUGAUGUCCUGCUACUCCACCGACCAGGCAAGUUGAGGUCUGACACCAAGGCUUUCUUUGAUGGUGAGGGCGUUGUAGCAUUUCCCAGAGCCGUCCCCCACACCCUGGGCGACGCGAACCCUCUCAUUGCGCCUAUUCUGCGAGCGCCCGCCACUGCGUACAGUUACAACCCCAAGGAGGACGCGUCGUCAGUUGAGGAUGUUGCAGCUACAGGUUCGCAGUUGGCUCUGAUCUCGGCAAUGCAGGCUAGAAACUCCGCUCGGUUCACUCUACUGGGCUCCGUGGAGAGUCUGCAGGAUCAGUGGUUUUCUGCGACUGUCAAGGCUCCCGGCGAUGGGAAGCAGACGAAGACGGUCAACCAGGAGUUCGCCAAGCAGCUUACCGCGUGGACAUUCAAGGAAACCGGAGUGCUCAAGGUCGGAAAGAUCGAGCAUCAUCUGGCUGAAGAUGGUGAAAUCACCCCCGAGAAGCUGAACCCUAAGAUCUAUCGAGUGAAGAAUGAAACUGUCUUUACCAUUGAACUUUCCGAGUACAACUAUGAUCGUUACGUGCCCUUCGAGGUUCCAACUGGCGAUGCCGUCCAGCUUGAGUUUACCAUGCUGUCUCCCUUCCAUCGCCUGAACUUGGAACCCGUCCGUCGAACGGAUAACAGUACAGUUUACAGCACACGAUUCACCACUCCCGAUCAGCAUGGAAUCUUCUCCUUCCGAGUGAACUACAAGCGCCCGUUCCUCACCAACAUCGAAGAAAAACUUGAGGUGACCGUUCGUCAUUUCGCUCAUAACGAGUACCCCCGAAGCUGGAAGAUCAGCGGUGGAUGGGUCUGGAUUGCGGGUCUGUGGUCCGUCAUCGCUGGCUUCUUGGUGUUCGUUGUUGCAUGGCUUUACUCAGCGCCUUCUGCCGCUGCACUGAACACAAAGAAGACGCAAUAA